UCCAAGAUGGCACCGACCCUGGUGGAGCAUGUUGUGGCAGACGCAGGAGCGUUUUUAAAGAAAGCUCCUCUGCAGGAAAUCGGCAGAAACAUCUACACUCUGAAAGAAGUGGUGAACGAGAUCAGAGACAAACCCACCAGGAGGAGUCUGGCCUUCCUGCCCUACCAGCUCCACUUUAAAGACCCACAUCCAGAACAUGUCAGACAUGUGACGGAGUUCUCCAAGAAGACCGGAGACUACCCGAGUCUCUCAGCCACAGACAUCAAAGUCCUGGCUCUGACCUACCAGCUGGAGCUGGAGCAGGUCGGCUCCCAACACCUGAGGAGAGAACCGGAGGUCAAGGUUAAUAUUCAGGGCACACAGCGCCACCCAGAGACGCCUGUCAACGUCGCAGGAUUUCACUUCCCCUCCAAGGUAAAAAAACCUGUUGACGGUCCGAGCAGCAGACAGACGCCAACACAGACGGAGACUUCACACCAGACGGACACUGAACAGUUCAACACCUUCCAGUUCUGGAGAGAGCCGCUGCUGACGCUGGACGACGACCUGCUGCAGCUGCUGGAUCCAGAGGAGGUUUUAAACUUGAACAACAAACAGAAACAGACUGUGACGGUCGACACCAACGAGUUCAACAGCUUCCAGUUCUGGAGGGAACCGGUGCCGACCAUCGACGACAGUCUGCUGGAGUUACUGGAAGUAGACGGUGUCUCGGUGUCAGACAGCAGGCCGGACACAUCAGCACAGACAGAGGACCAAUCAGACGACGAGGACAAAGAGAACGAGCCUAAAGAGGAAGAGGAGGAUGAGGAGGACGAAGGAGGUUGGAUCACUCCCAGUAACAUCAAACAGAUGAAGAUGGCCUCUGGUGAUUGGACGGCUCCUGCUGAUGUCAGAGUGGGAUGUCUGACCACCGACUUCGCCAUGCAGAACGUUCUGAUUCAGAUCGGCCUCCAUGUUCUCUCUGUGAACGGGAUGCUGAUCAAACAGGCGAGGAACUACAUCCUGAGGUGUCACGCCUGCUUCAAGACGACCAGCAACAUGAACAAAGUGUUCUGUCCUCACUGUGGAAACAAGACUCUGAAGAAGCUGGCGGUGACGGUCAGUGAGGACGGCAGCAUGAAGAUGCACUUCUCCAAAAACCCCAAAGUGCUGAACCCGAGAGGACUGAGGCACUCGCUGCCUCUGCCUCAGGGAGGGAAACAUGGUAGUAACCCCCAGCUGGUGGAGGACCAGCGUUUCCCCCAGCAGAGACUGUCCCAGAAGGCUCGUCAGAAGACAGAUGUCUUCGACCCGGACUACGUGGCCGGGGCCUCGCCGUUCUGCCAGAACGACAUCUACAGCCGAGCGGCCAACCUGCAGAUCAGAGACGGGCAGUGCGGAGGCGGCCGCAGACGAGCCAACCCCAACGCCACCCACAAGAAGUUUGUCAAGAAGAAGUGAAGAGCUGAAGGACACGUGGAGACACGGCAUCGUCAGAUCAGUUUGAUCUGACGUGUCAGAGAGUUAGAGACUGUUCAGGUGGUUUUCAUGUGUGAAUCCUCCAGCAGGGUCAUGUGACCCGUCACUGACGCAGCCUCUGCCCUCAGUGCAUUUCUAUGAAGGUAACUAACUUCACAUCAUGUUUUAAUAGAGGGAAAUGUCCCUGAUGGUGCGUUCAUCGACAGUCUAACAUCUGAGAUUCAAGAACCAGCUGCAGAACAGCUGGAUAUUAUUAUUAUUAUUAUUAUUAUUAUUAUUAUUAGUCAUAGAAAUAAAUGAUGGAAAAAACAACCAAUAAUGUAAUAAACUGAUUAUUAUCCAACUCAACAAAGGAGCAGAUUCACAUCUUUCCCUCCUCAGCCUCCAUGUUUUCAGUUCACACUGCUCCUUUAAUAUUCCCAGCAGCUCCAGCACAGAGACAACCUGUGUAACAGGUAGACGCUGACGGUCUCACGUCUCUGCACGUUGACACCUUCAUAGAAAUGAACUGACAGUAACGACUGUGGUGUUUAAAUAAAUUUUCUACAGUGGCCCUGAAGCUCGACGCUCUGCAACACAACAGGAAGUGUUUCCAGGGGACACUAAAAAGUGAUGCACCUGCUGGGACGCGCUCGUUCAAUGUUUUUCAUUUCAAAUGUCACAAAGCAUUGAACCAGUACGUCCCUUUUUAUUGUCCCGUUAAAACACUUCCUGUUGUGUUGCAGCGCUCUGAGUUUCAGGGCCACCGUACUUUUCAGCCGACAGGUGAAACAUGCAGAAACAGCGUUAAUGUUCUUUAAAAUAUAAAACCAGCAUUUCUCUUGUAUACAGGAUUUCUGAGGUCAUGUUAAGCCCCUCCCUUCCAGACUGAUCAGUAUAUUGUUUCUAUAUUAAUACCCAAUAAAUUUAAAGACUGACUUCA